CGGUGCGUUUUGGCAUGCCAGCGAAUGGCACCAAAAAAAAAAAAAAAGCUGAAGGAGAAAAAGAGGAAGAGAAAAGGCUUUAUUUGCGCUACCUUGUCGAUGUAACGAGUUCUCUCUGUUUCAGCGAUGGAAUUUUUGCAGGAUGAGGAUGGUAUCCGUGUUUCUCGAUCUCAGAGACGAUUUAACGAAUUCGCAAUCGCAUCCCAUUCUCUUCUUCGCGCGUAAUCUCCAUUGCCGCCAAGAUUCUCCCUCUCUCUCACUGAUUUACCAAAGCAACAAACAGAGAAUGAACUAUUAAAACUGUUCGCCACUAUCUCUUUAGAAGAUGUAUCGUGGUCUUUGAGGGUGAGAACAAACAAUACAAUGUCAACGAGGAGCGAGCACCACACGGUCCCACUUUCGGUGUUGCUCAAGCGAGAAUUAGCCAAUGAGAAGAUUGAGAUGCCCGAGAUUGUCCAUGGCCAGGCCAGUCAGAGCAAGAAAGGGGAGGAUUUCACUUUGGUUAAGACGGAAUUUCAGAGGGUGUUAGGAGAUGAAGUCAGGACAUAUUCAGUUUUUGGGCUUUUUGAUGGGCACAAUGGGUCUGCAGCUGCUAUCUAUACAAAGGAGAAUCUCCUAAAUAAUGUUAUAGCUGCUAUUCCUCCUGAUCUUAACAGGGAUGAAUGGGUGGCAGCCCUGCCAAGGGCUUUGGUUGCAGGGUUCGUAAAAACGGAUAAUGACUUCAAGGAGAAAGCUCAAACAUCAGGAACAACUGUCAGCUUUGUGAUAAUAGAAGGAUGGAUUGUAACUGUUGCAUCCGUUGGAGAUUCCCGUUGCAUACUAGAAUCCACUGAAGGCGAUAUUCAUUACCUGUCAGCAGAUCAUAGACUUGAAUGUGAUGAAGCUGAGAGGGAUCGUAUUACUGCAAGUGGGGGUGAGGUUGGUCGGCUUAAUACAGGAGGUGGUGCAGAGAUUGGUCCAUUGAGAUGUUGGCCUGGUGGUUUGUGUCUUUCACGAUCCAUUGGGGAUAUGGAUGUUGGCGAGUUCAUUGUUCCUGUUCCUUAUGUGAAGCAAGUGAAGUUGUCUUCAGCUGGUGGUAAACUCAUUAUUUCAAGUGAUGGUGUCUGGGAUGCAAUAUCAGCAGAAGUGGCUCUUGAUUGUUGUCGUGGGAUGCCACCAGAAGCUGCUGCUGCACAAAUUGUUAAAGAAGCUGUACAAGCUAAGGGACUUAGAGAUGAUACUACGUGCAUUGUGAUUGACAUACAACCACAAGAAAAGCCACCUGCGCCUUUGCCACCAAUGAAGAAGCAAGAGAAAGGAGUGUUCAAGUCCAUGUUUCGCAGAAAGUCAUCCAAAUCAUCUUCUCAAGUAGAUAAACAAUACAUCGAGCCAGACGUAGUAGAGGAAUUAUUUGAGGAAGGAUCUGCAAUGCUUUCAGAAAGGUUAGAUGCAAAAUACCCAAUAUGCAACAUGUUUAAGUUGUUUAUGUGUGCAGUCUGCCAAGCAGAAAUUAAAUUUGGAGAGGGCAUUUCAAUACAUUCUGGGUCAUCUAACUUGAGAAAGCUCCGUCCAUGGGAUGGCCCUUUCCUAUGUGGUGGUUGCCAAGAGAAGAAAGAAGCAAUGGAAGGGAGAAGACCGUCAGGAGUAGUGAAAGUGACUAGCUAGCGCUUAUGAUGGUAUGUGCAUUUUGCAAGCACCAAUAAUUGUUCCAAAGUUGAUGGUUAUCAGAAGAUGAAGCUUUCUCAAGUAUCAGUUCUCCCUUAGUUUCUUAAGAGGGGCAUUGUGACCUGAACUUCAGCAUUCAUUUUGAUCUUCCUUUGCUAAGCUGUGCACCAUGUCAGAAAAUCAGAAGCUUCUUGCCGUUGCCCCCCAUUUUUUUGGGCUCUGCUUCAUCUCAAAUGGUGUAGACGGUCGGAUCUACACUUAAUGAUAUAGUGAGGGGUCUGAGGGACUACCAGUAACCUGUAAAGGUUAGAGAAGACAUGACGGAUGUGAAAGUCCUCGGCAAUAUUUAUUGCUGCUUCUGUACCGUCAAAUACUUCAUAUUUACCUUGAGAUGUGCACUCAUCUCAUUAAUGGUAGUAUAAUAAAAAACGUUGAACUUUCUCUUGUCAAAGGGUGGAUUCCAAUAAUUAAUUUUGACACACGCUUAAUGGAAAUCUUAUGAACCU